AUGGCCAAGUAUUUCCAGAGUGCUCCUGUUAGCAAUGAAGCACUGAAGCACAAGGAGAUUCUCUUGGACGGCCUGUACAUGCACCAGGACCUUGAAGGAUCACCAAAUCAGAACCAGAAAACUAUAGUGAAUCCUAACCUCCCUCUGCAGUUUGGCUGCACCGUGGCUAAUGACUGGACCAUAUAUGAUGGCCUUGGCGCCGAUAAGAAGCUUGUUGCGCGUGCACAAGGGCCACAUAUGGGGGCAGGAGUAGCCAAAGGAAGCUGGUUCAUAUGUUUCAACAUGGUGUUUGUCGACGACAGGUUUGCGGGUUCCAGCCUUAAGGUGCUCGGACAUUUUGAAGAGCCGGUAGAAGGUGAGUGGGCAAUCCUUGGUGGGACAGGAGAGUUUGCCUAUGCACAAGGUGUGGUGACCUUCAAGAAAGUCCAGGACGGAAGCACUAGGGUCAGACAGCUUCAGAUACGUGCCAUCUGCCUCAGCUUUCGAUCGUCACUUUCAAUGCCUACGAAGAUGGGGCCAUGGGGUGGAAAUGGAGGCUCCAUUCAAGACAUCACCACCGGAACCCCGAUGCGCCUGCAAAGUGUGACACUCAGAAGCGAGAGCAGCUGGAUUGUCUCUCUUGCAUUUACUUAUAUUGACAAACUUGGGAAGAGGCGCAGCAAAGGUCCUUGGGGUCCUGACAAAGGGAACAGUCAAACUAUCGAGUUCGGACCUAAAGAAUAUGUGACGGAAAUAUCAGGGACAAUUGACAAUGUCAUAUCGCCACUUGUUAUCACGACAAACAUGAAAAAGUAUGGGCCGUUUGGGCAUGAGAAGGGCAAUCGUUUCAGCGCCGCCGUGCCAGAAAACACAUGUGUUGUGGGAUUCUUUGCCAGGACCGGGAAUGCUCUUGAUGCCGUUGGUGUUUACCAUGGCCCCAUCAUGGUUUGA